UCUUAUUGUCCCAUUCGGGUCCGAUUGUCUCUUCUACUACCGUCGCAGGCUGCGCUGCGGCACUGCAACAGACCUCCGUGGCAUCUUCCCGGCGGAUUCUGCCUGGCCGCACUGCAUCUUUCCUCCGGGGCAGCCUGGAUUGAGUCAACAUCAACAUCAGCAGUAGGGAGCCGCGAGACCAAGACCACAGUGUCCGUAGAGCUGUGCCUGUUAGUAUUUACAGGGUGUCUUGCGCAGUGGUCAGGAAGCCACUCGCAGGCCUCCGCCGAUGAAGCCAGUCACUGCAAUCCGGCCAUCCUCGCUACCAUUACUACUACAAUGUAGCCUGGCGUGAUGCGUUCAAGUUGGCUGAGACGAAUGCCACUGCAGCAGGUUCGAUCGGGCACGUACUAUCAAUCAUGUGAAGAACCGCACUGCAUGAGGCUCUUCGCAGACCCGAUUGAAGAGUGGACUCAUUCAAUGGAUUCAAGUUGUAUAGAAUCUACUUCACGUGCUCGCAUUCGAUACGUGUAUUGCCUACAAUACCAGGUGACAGGUAUCUUCACAUCCUGCAGUUGCAGUGAUCUCGUUGCUGCUGUACAAUACCAACAGUGCAGGUUGUGACUUACGCUGCAGUGGUAUUCUGUCCUGCGGUGUAGAUUCCUGGCCUCAAGUUCAGAUUCACUUCGGGUUCCUCACAUUCCUCGCUCGCUUCCACGUCCAAUCCCAUCCCAUCACUAUUCUUUCCCUCUCCCUCCUUGCCUUCAACUAUUCCUCGCUUAUCACUGACUUGACUUCAGCCUGAUUCGACUCCAAGGUGACACAGUGACAUAAUCAUCCCCCAAAGCGACAAUCUGCAUUCGUGGCCGCUGGUGAGACGGACAAGAUAGCGAGAAGCCUGAGGCCCCUCGAUGCAUCCGCGUCUGCGUCCGGAUCGAGUGUCUCCUUUACCGGCUGAACCGAUGUCGGUCCUGGAUCCAACCUGAACCAACGUACAGUUAACCAACUCCAGUCUACCUACUAUAGUCGAAAUCGAAUCGGUCCAUCACCCGAUCGGCCCAGUCUCGAUUUGAACACACUCGUCUGUCGGAGCGUAACGGCUUAUCCACUACUAGUACCGUCCGCUACACACGAUGGAAGCUGGAGAAAUCCACGACAUCCGCUAUGUCAGCAACGGCCACAUCCGGCAGAAACUUGACCUCUAUCUGCCCGCCGGUCGCAGCGAGCCUUGCCCCUUGCUUAUCUACAUUCACGGAGGAGCGUUCAUGUUUGGGACCAAAGAAACAGACCUACUGCCGAAACACCUGACAGACAAGGGCUACGCCGUCGCAUCGCUUGACUACCGGCUCAGUGGAGACGCCAUUUUCCCGGCCGCCCUGGAAGACUGUAAGGCCGCCGUCCGUUGGUUGAGGGCACAUGCACACGUAUAUCGAAUUGAUCCUGACCGAUUCGUGGCUUGGGGAGAAUCUGCUGGGGGUCAUCAGGCUGCCAUGUUGGGUGCAACCGGUGGGCAGACAAACGAGUUCGAUGUGGGUGAUUAUCUGCACAUCCCCAGCACCGUGCAAGGUGUCGUGAGUUACAGCGCGCCCACGGAUUUUCUCAAGAUGGAUGCCAAUGCACCGCCGAAUAGUCAGAAGCAUGAGGCGGCAAACUCCCCGGAGUCACGGUAUUUAGGUGGCCCCAUUACCGAGCAACCUGAGAAGGUCAAGAAGGCCAACCCUAUCACUUACAUAUCUCCGUUGACCCCUCCGUUCUUCAUCGCCCACGGCACAGACGAUCACACUGUCCCAUUCAAUCAGAGCGAACUGCUUGUGUCUGCUCUAAAGGAGGCCGGCGUCCCAGUGGGUUUUCAUCCCGUGGACGGAGCCGAGCAUGUCUUUCGCGGGGCAACUGAUGAACAGAUCCAGGCGCUGAACCUCGCCACUGAGAGUUUUCUGCAGGAUCUAUUCGAGGGACUUCUGGUCAAACAGGUGCAUGAGUCGCAAGCAGCAAAACAGGAUUGAUUCCAUGACAGGAGUUUUGAGAACUUGAUGCAUAGCGCGGAAGGUGAAAGGUCGGAACGGAAUGCUCAGGGGUUGAAAGGGAUUAAGUUGCUCUCAGCUUCUGAUGUCUUUGCACACGGAGCCAGUAUAUGAUCCAGUUUUAGACCAUGGGCUGGCUCCAAGUUCUCUCAGUAUGCAGUCUAUAUGCAUGAGGCCCUCUGUCUGCGGGGCUCGGAUACCGUUUCUUGUCGAUUAACAUUUUUGCCUGUGCUCAGUCAGUUUUCCUUGUAAUAAUCCUCGAACUUGUCUAGUCUUGGUUUUGUCUCUCAGCUUCC